AUGACUCCUUACUACCGGCAGGCGAACCUUAUUGAAAAAUACGGCUAUCCGUCGGAGACCAACUUCGUGAACUCUGACGAUGGCUACAAGCUCUGUCUGCACCGUAUUCCCCGUCCUGGAGCUAAGCCUGUCCUACUGGUCCACGGUCUGAUGUCUAGCUCCGCCUCGUGGGUGGAACUGGGACCCAAGAACGGACUGGCGUACAUCCUAUACCGAAAGGGCUACGACGUCUGGAUGCUGAAUACCAGGGGCAACAAAUACUCUAGGGAACAAACUGGGCCUCGAAGGAAACCCCGGAAGUACUGGGACUUCUCCUUCCACGAAAUCGGAAAAUAUGAUGUACCCGCUGCCAUUGAUUUUAUCCUCAAGCGCACCAACAAGCGGAAGCUCCAGUACAUUGGACACUCACAGGGCUCCACCGUAUUCUUUGUGAUGUGCAGUGAAAAGCCAAACUAUGCCCAUAAGGUGCAGCUCAUGCAGGCCCUUUCCCCAACGGUUUAUCUGCAGGAGAACCGCAGUCCAGUGCUUAAGUUCCUCAGCAUGUUCAAAGGAAAGUAUUCGAUGCUGUUGAACCUUUUAGGGGGUUAUGAGAUCUCGUCGAAAACAAAGCUCAUAGAGCAGUUCCGCCAGCACAUAUGCUCGACCUCGGAGCUGGCCAGUAAAAUUUGCGCCAUCUUUGACUUUGUACUCUGCGGAUUCGACUGGAAGAGCUUUAAUAAGACGCUAACCCCGAUUGUGGCGGCCCACGCCUCCCAAGGCGCCUCUGCCAAGCAGGUGUACCACUACGCCCAGCUGCAGGGUGACCAGAACUUCCAGCAUUUCGAUCAUGGACCUGUCCUGAAUCGGGUUCGAUACGAGUCCAGCGCUCCCCCAGUCUACAACCUCUCGCUGACGACCAGCAAAGUGGUGAUCCACCACGGCGGAGGAGACUGGCUGGGAUCCGACUCGGAUGUAAACCGGCUGCAGCAGAGCCUGCCCAAUCUCGUCGAGAGCCGGAAGGUCAACUACAACGGCUUCUCCCACUUUGACUUUACGCUCUCGAAGGAUGUCCGACCGCUGGUUUAUAGUCACGUCCUUCGCCACUUGUCAGUUCAGCUGCCAGGGUAG